UGUCCAUCUUUUUCAGCGUCCAAAUGGUGGGCACUACCAUUUUCACGGCCAUCACGGCCCUACUAGCAACCACAACGGUCGCCCAAACCAUAACCCCGGCACCAAGCACAACCAUUCUCUCUAUCUUCGAAGAAAACAACACCCUCAACGCCCAGGUCUUUAACAACAUGGGCGGCAGCAUUGUCAACGUCGACGCAUCCAGUAACCAAACCACUAUCGCCAUAAACUGUAUCCAGAGUUUACUACAAAAUUGUUCUUUUUCAUCAUACGUUCUGCCUAUUACAAUAACCAGCGGUCCGUCGACGUUUGCCUGGAGUAUGAGUUCAACGACACGGUCAGACUCGGUUUAUUCCAUUGCCGGGCAGUCGCAGAAUUGUGUGGUGACUGGGUCCACGCAAAGUGCGAGUUGUUUAAUAUAUGAUGAUUAUUGGCAUUCGAAUAUAUCUACUACGUCGUUGUCAAGUACCUCUGCGACUGUGGAGUUGAGUGCUGCGCAGAUCACGUAUGAUCUUCUCACUGUUACAGCUGGCGUUGAGAAAUUAGCACCUGCUUCUACGGCUUCUAUGACAAGUACUGCUACUGCAGGUACUGCCAAUAACUCGACAGUCUCGGGGCAGCAUAGCUCCAAAGCAUGGAUUGCAGGCCCUGUUAUAGGCGCCGUGGUGGGGUGUGCGGUAAUCGCAGCAGGGGUUUACUUGUGUCUAAUACGACGAAGGAAAGGGAACAGCGAAAACGAAAAAUCAAACAAUGUACCGAGUUACCCAGAUUCGCCGGAAUUGGAUACGAAUCAAAGUCAGACAGAGGAAUGGAGAGCUGAACUGCCUUCUCCGGCGCCAGCCUCCCAUCCAGCUGAGCUUGAAGCGAGUGAACGACAUUUUGUGUAUGAAUUGGACCAUACGCCUUGAUUGGUAUUGAUGAUAUGAUAUAGACUAGAUCAAUAAUGAUGAAAUGAUUAUGGAUUUACUGUAUAUUCUUGUAUCAAUUCGGACAUAUUUAUAUAUUGAUUUAAUAUUCCUACAUAUUUGCACUGCCAUACGCAUGCUAAACCAUUACAUUCAG